GUUCGAGGCCUUCGCUUCGGCGCUGCGCGCGGUCGCGCGCGAGCUGAUGUGCACGGGAUCCCGACACAACCAGGAGGCCUACGAGGCGCUAGCGGCCCAGAGGGCCCAGGCGGCGCUUGUGCCGCCCGAGGAGAUGUUCAAGCAGGGGGACUACGAGGGGAAGUACUCCCGCUAUGAUGACCUGGGCCUGCCAACGCACGACAAGGAGGGCGCAGAGCUUGCGAAGAGUGCGAUGAAGAAGCUGGUGAAGCUUCGGGAAGCACAGGUGAAGAAGUACAGCAAGGCGCUGGAGAAACGAUCCUCCGAGGCGCCGGAAGCCCCGAAGAAGGCCGAGGCCGCCGACGCUUCGGCGCGUGAGGAGGUCCUGCCAGAAGGCGCUCGCCUGCCGACCGUUGUGUCCGGAACCUUCGGAGGCGGGAAUCCGGCCACUGACCUCUCUUGCGCCCCUCUCCCCACUUGGGGCAGGUCCCGUGCUUGGGUCGCAUGAGUUGGAUGGACGCCUGGACUCAUUGGAGGCUUCCCCCGCCCGUGCCGCCCUCAAGUCCUGGAAGCUGACCUGGGCCUUGCAAGCUGACGGCA